AUGCUGAAGGAGGAAUAUUAUUUCAUGGAGAGUGUGGAACUGAAAGGUCUAAAAUAUAGUCCUGACCUCCAAGACGAGACCUCUCCAUAUUCUUUAAUACUGACAACCACCUUGAAAACAACGAUCCAGAACAUCUUUGUUACUUCAGCAAUUGCACAUAAUUUUGAAGCCUGUCACAUUGUUGCAUAUGGGAGCAUGAAUGACAGCGUGAUGGCUACGUUUAAUGUGGUGUUCCGAGUGGCCAGGUUUCAGAAGUAUACGGAUAGCUUCGUCAAGGAACAGCUGCGCUCCGGCCUUGCGGCCAUGUUCGGCGAGGAGCCUCUCUCCGUUGCCCAGUUUGGCCAGAUACAAAGCAUCGUUCUUCUAGGGGCCAGUGGGAAGUCAUUCUACACAAUCAAACCUGACACGACACCAGGUGCGUGUCCCAACACCACCUUCGCCUGUCUUAGCGGAGAGUGCAUCGCCAAGCCUAAGCCGGAGUGUGACUUCGUAUCCGACUGUGCCGACGCAUCUGAUGAAGCCAACUGCUCGUGUGGCAGGCGGAGGUUGGUGAGCGGGAGGGUGGUUGGUGGAGAGAGUGCCCAUCAAGGCGAGCUGCCUUGGCAAGUGAGUCUGAAACUACACGGCCAACACGCCUGUGGCGCCUCCAUCGUCAACAGCCACUGGCUCGUUAGUGCCGCCCACUGCUUUGAGAGUAACAAUAAUCCAAAAGACUGGGCAGCUCUGGUCGGGGCUAGUCUGCUGAGCGGUGCACAGGAGGGUGCUAGCACGGUGAACAUCAAGUCUCUGAUAGUGUCUCCAAAUUAUAAUCCCCUGACGACGGACAGUGACGUGACGGUGCUGGAGUUGGAGAAUCCUCUGAUGUUCAGCCCCUACGUUCAGCCUGUCUGCAUCCCUUCCUCCACACACACCUUCAGUCCCGGGCAGAACUGUGUCGUAUCCGGCUGGGGAGCCCUCCGGCAGGACAGCAGUAACCUACCUUCCACUCUUCAGAAAGCUGUGGUGAAGAUCAUUGAUUCUAAAGUCUGCAAUGCAUCUGCAGUUUACAGAGGAGCCAUCACCAACAACAUGAUGUGUGCGGGCUUUCUCCAAGGGAGGGUUGACUCCUGCCAGGGAGACUCGGGGGGACCUCUGGUGUGUGAAGUGGCCCCCGGGCGCUUCUAUUUGGCCGGCAUAGUGAGCUGGGGAACAGGCUGUGCUCAAGUCAACAAGCCUGGAGUGUACUCACGCAUCACCAUGCUCCGCAACUGGAUCCUGGGCCACACAGAGGGAAACACCAGUCACAGCACUUUGCCGAAGUUUAGCAUUACGCCAACUGACAGCCAUCUUCCUCAGGCGAUCUCCUCUCCCUCUGCCCCAUCUGGAGCUGUAAACUGCACUGGAAACUUCAGCUGUGGCGCUGGCGUGUGCAUCAGCAAGACCAACCCAGAGUGCGACGGAAUCACUGACUGCUCUAACGAGGCUGAUGAGAAAAAUUGCAACUGUGGACAGAGGCCAGCGGUAGGUCGCCACAGGAUUGUGGGAGGUGAGGAUGCCCAGCGAGGGGAGUGGCCCUGGGUGGGCAGCCUGCAGUUCCAGCAGGUGCACUGCUGUGGUGCUACUCUCAUCCACUGCAAAUGGCUCCUGACGGCAGCUCACUGCUUUAUCAGGGAGCCGAAGGCCGGCGGCUGGACGGCGAGUCUGGGCUCCGUGCUCCGUCCUGGAGUGGGAGCUCUGCUCAUCCCCCUGCAGAGGGUCAUACAGCACCCCGCCUUCAACAGCACCAGCAUGGACUUCGACGUGGCCCUGGUGGAGCUCUCCAUCCCAGCUCCGAGUUCCUACAGCAUCCAGACCGUGUGUUUGCCCUCGCUCAGUCAUAGAUUUUUCCAGGGCAUGGAGUGUUAUAUCAUGGGAUGGGGCACAACAAGGGAAAAGGGUACAAUGAGCAGAAUACUGCAGAAGGCACAGGUCAGCAUAAUUGCCCAGUCAGACUGCCUGCAGUCCUAUGGGAGCGGAAUAACAGCCAGCAUGAUGUGUGCCGGCGCCAUGGAUGGUGGAAGAGACACUUGUUUGGGAGACUCGGGUGGGCCCUUGGCAUGCCGUGAGCCCCAGGGUAGGUGGUUUGUGGCUGGCGUGACGAGCUGGGGUCACGGCUGCGGUCGAGAAGGCUUUCCUGGGGUUUACAUCCGCGUCACUGCCAUCAGGGAAUGGUCAUCAAUGUACCUACCUUUUUAA